AUAGGGCGACUAAUUUUGAGGUCAACUAAGAGUUGGAUAAUUACCCGACGCGACUAUUGUCGUGUAGUGGUUACCGGUAUCGGUAUAGUGUGUCCAUUAGGUGUCGGAAGAGAUAGGGUUUGGAAGAAUCUGAUUGACGGCAAGUGUGGCAUCAGUCCAGUGGUCGGUGACGGCUAUGAAUCAAUUCCCUGCAAAGUUGCCGCUUAUGUGCCAAACGAUGAGUUAGAUCUCAAUAAACGAUUUACGGCUAAUGAAUUGCGGACUCUUUCAAAGUCAACGUUAUAUGCCUUAGUGGCCGCUGAAGAGGCAUUAAGUGACGCAAAUUGGAAACCAAACGACGACAAAGACAAACAACGGACUGGUGUUGCCGUCGGAAUGGGAAUGAUUGACAUGAAUGAAGUCAUACAUAAUGGGACUGCCCUUCAAACACAAGGAUUUAAUAGAGUUAGUCCACAUUUUGUCACUAAAUUGUUGGUCAAUAUGCCAGCCGGUCAUAUAAGCAUCAAAUAUGGUCUAAAAGGACCAAACCAUUCGGUAUCGACUGCUUGUACGACAGGUGUCCACUCAAUUGGCGACGCAUUCAGUUUCAUACAACGCGGUGCCGCCGAUGUCAUGAUCUGUGGCGGCACAGAAUCGGUGAUAAGUCCGCUAUCGAUUGCGGCAUUUUCCCGAAUCCGCGCACUUUCGACCAAAUUUAACGACAAACCCACAGAAGCAUCGCGUCCUUUUGAUUCCCAAAGAUGUGGUUUUGUUAUGGGAGAGGGAUGUGGUCUUGUGGUACUCGAAGAGCUAAAUCACGCCAUCAGCAGAAAAGCUAAAAUUUAUGCCGAAAUUCUUGGAUAUGGAUUGUCUGGCGAUGCAAAUCAUAUGACAGCUCCGGGAAAAGAUGGAAUGGGAGCCAUGGAGUGUAUGCAGGCCUCCAUUGAUGACUCGCACAUACAUUUGGAGGACAUCACGCAUAUCAAUAGUCACGCGACAUCCACACCAAUUGGCGAUGAAAUUGAAUUAAAGGCAAUUAAACAGUUAUUUGGUGACCACUCCAACAAUAUAAUGAUAACGAGUACUAAGGGAUCAACUGGUCAUUUGUUAGGAGCAGCGGGAAGUGUUGAAGCAAUUUUUACGAUACUAUCUUGUAAUCAUUCAUUAGUUCCGCCGACAAUUAAUUUAUCUGAAUCUAUAGAUAAUGACUUAGAUAUAGUGGCAAAUGUGACCAAAAAAUGGUUAAAAAAUAGACGAAUAGCAAUCACAAACUCGUUUGGUUUCGGCGGAACCAAUGCGUCGCUCGUUAUCUCAAAUUUUAUUCUUUGACAAACCCUUGUCUUGAAACCACUGAUCACUCUUGUCUUCAGUCAUU